AUGGGUGCUAAAAAUAAGAAGCGAGUGGUGCUUCCUAGUCGACCAGAUCCGCCCACUGUGGAUCAAAUUCUUGAGGACAUCAACAGAGCCUUUCAGAAUGAUCCAGUCUUCAGCGUCUUGGAGGAUGCCAACCAAGAUGCCAAGAGGGGGUCAUCAGACAAUGAAGUGGAGACAAAGUACCUUCAGAGCUGCAGGUACUUGGAGAUGAAUGAGCGGCUUCAAGAGGUCAGAGGUGAACUUGUGCAACGGAGGGAGGAACUCCGGACAGCCGGAGAGCAGUUGGGGAUCAGUGUGGCCGAGGUCAAAGGAAAAGCCCUCUAA